UUCUGCAAAUUUUGAGUGUACUCUUACAAUAUGUUUUUCUGUUCCUUAACAGGUUUUUUCUUGUCUGGGGAUGAAGCCAUGGCUGAAAUGAGUGGUAUCCAUGUACAAAAACUAACCAUUGUUCAGCAAGCAAUAGCCUCUUGUUGUGGAGCUAUAAUUACAUCAUUAUUUGUAACUCCUCUUGAUGUUAUCAAAACUCGACUGCAAGCCCAAAGGAAUCCAUUCCACGACGGAAAAUGUCUUGUAAACUCCAGUGGCCAUAUGGAUCAUGUAUAUGUUUGUAAAAAUGGGGACAGCAAAGCCUGGUAUAAAAAACCUGGGCAUUUCAAAGGGACAUUGGAUGCAUUUGUGAAAAUUAUUCGAAUAGAGGGAAUUAAGUCGCUGUGGAGUGGGCUUCCCCCAACACUAAUAAUGGCAAUUCCUACCACAGCAAUCUAUUUUACCUGCUAUGAUCAGCUGUGUGAAGCUUUGAAAAGUAGACCAGGAAAGCAUGAUGAGCACAUUCCAGUUAUUGCAGGUUCCUUAAGCAGAUUUGGUUCUGCCACCGUGGUGAGUCCCCUGGAGCUGAUCAAAACCCAAAUGCAGUAUCGCAGGUCGUCCUACAAGCAGCUGUACCUGCGUGUCAGCACCAAAGUGACUGUGGAUGGGUGGCUCUCCCUGUGGCAGGGCUGGGCUUCGACUAUUCUGAGAGAUGUACCUUUCUCAGCAAUGUAUUGGUAUAAUUAUGAACGUUUCAAGAAGAUGAUGUGCAAGGAAGUUGGUGCACAUGAACCCACAUUUUUUGUUUCUUUUACUUCAGGAGCAGCAUCUGGCUCUAUUGCAGCUGUUGUAACUCAGCCAUUUGAUGUAGUGAAAACACAUAGGCAGACUCAGCUUUGGGAGAGUGAGACUUUAAAAAGUAAGUUGCUGAGGGACAGUAAAUCAACCUGGGCAGUUAUGAGGAAAAUUGCUGCUAGAAAUGGGAUUACUGGAUUAUUUGCAGGUAUUACUCCACGGCUGUUUAAAGUUGCUCCUGCUUGUGCCAUAAUGAUCAGCACAUAUGAAUAUGGAAAGUCUUUCUUUUCUCAUUUAAAUGAAAAAAAGAAUCAACAUCCAUAAUUCUUCUUCGUCCAAUUGUAUGAAGGCAAAGUAUGAUGGAAGUUGUGCCAAAUCCAAAUCUGUGAAGAUGUUUUCUAGAAUUCCUAGUGAAUUUCUACCGUUACAUUUGGUAACUAAUAAAGCUUCAUUUUUAACUUUCACAAAGGAUUAAUUCACUUUUUUAUUAAGAAUAAGAAAAUACACAUCACCCUUAAAUUAUCAUUGAAGAUUUUAUGACUUCUCUUGCAGCUGGAGAGAAAAAAUAAAGGAAGAAAGAACAAAAGAAAAAAGAAAGGAGGGAGAGAAGAAAAAUUGAGCCUGGACAUAGCAAUGAAGAAUAAUGACUUCCACUGUGUAAAAUUUUAGUCAUGAAAAUAACUAAAUUAACCUAAGGAUUUUAGCUGGGUUUUAAAAUUAUGUUUAAAAAUGUUUUGGGUUUCUAAUUGUAAGAUAUAUUUAUUUCUCAGUAAGGAGGUUUAUACAGAGUGAAUUCAAUAAAUACUUACUUAUUUAUUCUUGCUGCUUGUUAUGUGUUUCAUUCUGUACAUGUUUCUUAUUCGUAGCUCUGUAUUUUGUGUAAGUGCAUAUUUUAAAAGCUUCUCAGGUUUAUUUUAACUGAAGAAUUCUGUAAAACUGGAAAAACACUGAUGUUCAUUAGACACUGAGAGAGCAUGGUGCAUACAGUGCUAGGGCAGCAGGGGCUUUUUGUUUAAGGUAAUACUUGAAAUUAAAGCACACGCAUGCACUGCAGCCGAAGGCCUGUCCAGGUGCUCUGCAGGAACACUCCUGCACCUGUUUCUGGGAGGUGCCAGUUGUCACGGUCACACUUCUCAUGCACACUUUGUGUGGGGCCCCCUGUGUUGGAAGGCCAAGGCUGCCGCCAUAAGGAGAGGUGAUGGUGUGCCAGCCUGACUCAGCCCCGUGCCCUCUGAAGGCAAGAGCGUGUGCAGGUUGCUGCCACAGGCACAGCCACCCUCUGCCCACUGUGCUGCACUCCUGGUAGGAUCAGCUGCAGCACUGCACUUGCCUGUAGGCAUUCAAAUUACUAAAUCAGAGCUGCCUCUGUGUGAUUUAAAUCAUUUUUUAACUAUCCUCACUACCUCCCUCUUCUCAUGCAUUUUCAAUGCAGUUGUUGAAUUCUAUUUUUUUUGUGUAUUUUAAUGAGGGGGUGCUGAUACAAAAAUAACUCGGUAGUCAGAUCAUUAAGACACUGUCAUUUGGGUGUGCUUUACCCAAGAAAUGGAGUUCAUGAUGAAAAUUCUUCACACACUGAAAAAUGCUCUACUUGUAAAGACAUUAGGUACCACAUUAGGCAAGAGGUGCUGCCAGAGGAGAUGCUUAACACUGUUCUUCCACUGUGACUUUUGAAUGUAAAUUUACAAAAUAAAGCCCAAGAGAACAUAGUAGCAGCAGAUAUUGGAUGACAAUGAUACAGAGCAAGAAAACCAGUCUCCCCCUUGUGCAAGAAAAGUAUUUGCUAUAAACUCAGUAAUGCUGUAAUUUACAGAAUGGUUUACUUUAUCCUGUGUGAUUAAAACAGAGACAACAAGUUGUAACUAGUGAUGAUACAAAAUUUUUAAUUUACAUGCAACAUUCAUAGAACGUCAAGGCAACAAAACAUACAGUUUGGUGGUUUAAAAUUCUUUUUUAAAAAAUGGUUAAUGUUUAGAACUGAGAAGGAUGCACAUAACUGACUGCCCAUGCACAAAAUGACACCCAGAAACACGUGUCAGACUACAUAAAAGACUUCAGCUAAACAACACAUUUAGCUCUAAGAAAAGAGCCAUCAGUGAACAUGACUGAAGAUCAUGAUUACUGCCCCCCCAAAACACUGAUGUGGCAUGAGAAGUGUUUAACAGCAAACAAGACCGAUUAAAUCACUGUACAUUGAUGAAGAAUGUUAACAUGUGGAAUCUGGAUUCCCUCAUUUUAUUUGUAGUAAAAAUGCAUCUCUAAUUUACAAAUUUAUAUUUAAUGUUACUCAAGAAACAGGUGCUUAAUGUGAUAACAGAAAAAAGUUCCAUGAAGUAAUGGACAUUCCGAA